AUGGACCCCUUGACGGACAGUCCACGCGUGCGCUCAGACAGCAUGAGCAGCUCAGCGUCUCAAGGCUCGAGGUCCAAGAUGCUCCUCCGCCAGCGUCUGACCCAGCUGCUGACCUGCAUAGAGGACAUGAGCUCUGACGAUGAAGCCAAUGAAGAAGUGUCCCGCACCCUGGAUGAAGCCUUUCACCUCUGUGGACGCUUCAUUCCCACAGAUGCAUUCAGGCUGCACAUGGUGACCUGGAACGUGGCCACAGCGGAGCCUCCUGAAGACGUCACCUCUUUGCUGCAGCUUGACGUCCAGCCGCCCACAGACCUCUAUGUGAUCGGCCUGCAGGAGGUGAGUGCCACCCCUUUGAGGUUCAUCUCUGACCUGCUAGUGGAGGACUCCUGGAGCCACGUCUUCAUGGACACACUGGCACCCAGAGGCUUCGUCAAGGUCACAUCAGUGAGGAUGCAGGGUCUGCUGCUGCUGGUUUUUGCCAAACAAAUUCAUCUCCCCUACAUCCGAAAGAUCCAGACCACCUACACUCGUACUGGCAUCUUUGGCUACUGGGGGAACAAAGGAGGAGUGUCUGUGCGCUUUUCUUUCUAUGGACACAUGGUGUGCUUCCUUAACUGCCACCUAGCAGCUCACAUGAACUACGCUCUGCAGCGCGUCGACGAGUUUGAGUACAUUCUGGAGGCACAAGACUUUGACGUCUCUGACACACCACAUGUCCUGGACCACAAGGUGGCGUUCUGCUUUGGUGACCUGAACUUCCGUAUUGCCGACCACGGCUUGCACUUCCUCCGCUCGUCCAUCAACAGCGGACGCCUUAAUUUGCUCUGGAGCAAAGACCAGCUCGUCAUGAUGAAGAAGAACGAACCAUUCCUGCAGGAAUUUGAGGAGGGGCCCUUAAAUUUUAAACCCACCUACAAGUUUGAUCGUAACUCUGACACCUAUGAUACCAGUGGCAAGAAGAGGAAACCAGCCUGGACGGAUCGGAUCCUCUGGCGCAUCAAACCCAAAGCCACGCCGUCUGAGGACGAUGAUGAGAAGGCAUCAACUUCUGUUGACGAUGGGCUCGAUGAGUAUCCACUCCUGGUCACUCAGGACAAAUACACCAGUGACAUGAGCUACGGAGUCAGCGACCACAAGCCCGUCAUUGCAACCUUUGGUCUGGAGCUGAGGAAGUGCUUUGACACACCUCUGGUGCACAUAUCUCCUGUGGGUAUAUGGAGCGCCGACCAGGAUGCACUUCUUAACUACACUGUCCAAGAGGACUUCAUGUCUUCCACGUGGGACUGGAUUGGCCUGUACAAGGUGGGAUUCAAGAGUGCAUCCGAUUAUGAAACCUUUGUGUGGGUCAGAGAGGACGAGCUGCCGGAGACAAAUGAAGUCAUACAGAUAACUGUGGAUAAGGAUGAGAUCCCUCUGCUUGGUGGAGAGUAUGUUUUGGGUUACUACAGUACAAACAUGCAAAGCAUCCUUGGUCUCAGCGCUAACUUCCAGAUCCUGGAGUCAAAGCGUGCCGUCAUGGAGGGCCUCGUUCCUGAGAACGUCAACGGGCUCAACAAAUAAGAACAAAUUCAUGACAGCGCCACAUCUUAUCCCUCUCCCCUAGACAUUCACACGAACUUGAUUCAGGCCUUCAAAUGCCCCAAGACUCCAUCAUUUACAGGAUAAGCUGGCUCAUUCAUUAAAUGAUGGCCCCCACACAGUUCCAUCACAUGGACCGGAAACUUUAAUUAGUUGUUUCCAGCUUUGCCUUUAAGGAGCUCACCUGAAGUCAGAUUCACUCUUGCUGGAACAGUUUCUCUACAAAAAGAUUUAUCGCUGUAACAAGUCGCUGUCCAGCUUAACCACAGGCCUUUUACAGCCUGUUAGCAGAAAAUACAGGAAUAAGUCUUGAUUGUGGAAGUCAUGCAUAUGCACCGCAGGUCAAAUUGUAUUUGAAAAUACAUUUUUAUGUUUUGGUUUUGUCUAUUAGUGUCAUUAGUGCAGAGGGCUGUACAAUAAGUGUAAGAAAGAUGUGCCAGUCAUAAGGUACUGUUGUAUAGAAAGUUCUAUGUUGUUGCAGGCUGUUUUGCUUUAUCUGUACUCUCAUAAUGCGGAAAGAUUGUAAUCUGGUGAUUGAACUUCUAAAUUUCUUGCUUUGGGUUAUUUGCAUGAACUAUUGGAUCCAAGUGUCAUAGGGUGUACAAGGAAGGAAGGAAGAUUUAAAACACAAUUUACACAUGAAUUCCUCUAAAGAUAUCUAAUGUAAGAUGUGGGUGCUGAUGUGGAGUCCUAUGGUUAUAUAUUUCUUUAUAACAAAUAUGUAAUGUAUAUGCAAUAAUAUAAGCCUAAUGUGUAUUGUGACAGAGUCUAAUGAAGUGACCAGAAUGAUGAGAUUAUAUUUUGAAUUUACACAAAUUUGAAGAUUUGAACUAAUUAUUUAUCUAUCUUAAUCUAAAUGUCUUGACAGUAGUUUCUCAUAAUAGUGCAAUACAAGAUGCCUUUUCUAUUCCAAAAUUAAUGCAAAGUGCAAAAAUGAUCAUUUUUGUGAUAAAGUGUCAAAAUGUCUGUGUGUGCGUCCGUGACUGUGUGUAUAUUUGGUUGACUGAUUGAUAGAGUGAACAAUAUUGCAGCGACAGAACUCAAUCAGCGUGCAGGAUGUGUGUUGGCAUUAUGUGGUAAUGAAAUGCUGUAUAUGAAGUACAGCGUAUUUGUUAGGGAAGUGAUGCAAAAUGCCUUUUAAGUUAAUCUCUGACCACAGUGACUUCUUUUUAAAAUGUGCAAGCAGGACUUCUGUUUUCCUCUUGAUGAAAAUGUGUUAAACCCUCCAAAAUGUUUA